AUGCCGGACAGAGAGUCUUGGGUCAGCAGAGUCGUCCACAGCACAAAACACCCAGGAGAGACACCUCCCAUGAUUGGGCACCACUCAGAUGUCGGCUCUGUCAAAGCCAGCGCACAUGAAACAGCUGAACAGAAGACGUUCCUGGUCUUCGGUCACGUCGACGCUGCCCCCGUGAUAACAGCUCGAGAGCAUCUUGAAGCCGUCGCCGGGCUCGAGCUCGGUGGCCUCGAGGUGGCUGCCGGGGAUGAACCUGGUGGUAGCGGUACUCAUGGAUACGCCGUCACCUCGUCCUCCGAAUGGUCCAGUCCCCAGCUCAUCGACUUCGAUCCCGUGCCCUUUGGCAGCCAUGACAUCGACGUCAAGAUCGACUAUUGCGGCGUCUGUGCCAGUGACUUGCUCACCGCCCGCGCUGGGGCGGGGAAUGAUGGCUGGCCAGAAACAAUGUACCCGGUCAUCACGGGCCAUGAGAUCGUGGGCAAGAUAGUCCGCAUGGGCGAGCUGGUUGACCCAUCCAAAUUCCACAUCGGACAGGUGGUCGGGGCGGACCUUGUCGAGACAUACAACUCCAAGUAUCCCGACGGAUCCAUAUCAUUCGGCGGCUACGCCAACUACAAACGAUGCCACCAAGACCUCGUCUUUCCCAUUCCCUCUACCUUGCCGCCCGAACAUGCCGCGCCCAUGCUCUGCGCAGGUCUUACGGUGUUUAGUCCUUUGAAGGCGGCGGGCGUGGGGCCUGGAAAGAGAGUGGGCGUCGUCGGAAUCGGAGGACUGGGCCAUUUCGCCGUCUUGUUUGCUUCAGCCAUGGGCGCCGAGGUGACAGCCAUCUCACACAGUCCGCGCAAACAGGCAGACGCUGCGAAGAUGGGAGCCACCGGGUUCAUCGUCACCACCAACGACGUUGACUGGGCCGAGCAAAACAAAAGCUCCCUCGACCUCAUCAUCUCGACGACAUUCGCCAACGACAUGCCCUUGGAGAAGUAUCUUCAGUUGCUCGACGUCGGAGGCCAGUUUGCCUUGGUCGGCCUGGGCGAGCAGAAUCUGCCAGAGAUUCCUCCAGGUAUCCUGGUGGGCGCCAACAAGGCAAUCGUGGGUUCCAUGAUCGGCAGCAGCAGGCAGAUGCGAGAGAUGCUCGAGUUUGCCGCCGACAAGAACAUCCGAGCCUGGAUCGAGGUACUCCCGAUGAAGGACGCGGGCAUGGCGCUGCGAAGACUGCAUCAAGGCGAUUGUUCGUACCGCUUCGUCCUGAAGGCCGAUAUUUGA